UGUGUGUUGAACAGAAAAAGAAAAUAUAAUUUUAUAGUAAUAUUUGAGAAAUAUUUUCCAAAAAAAUAGGAAAUAUAGUAUUUUUAGUACACAACAAAUUAAAAAGAAAAUGUGAAAUCUAUCUUUGAACAUAAGAGUAGUAAUGUAAAUAAUGGUAAGCUAGGUUUAGAUUUGUGGUAAAUAAGUGAAAAAUGUGGGUAAAGUAUUAUUUUAAUGGAAAAAGAAAAUACAUUUAUUUUAUAUAUUAGUGUGUGAAAAUUUUUCUAAUAUGAUAUUUUUAAUAAAACAGACUAAAAAAACAUGACAUCUAUAUUUGCAUGGAGAGAGUAGUAUGGUGAGCUAUGCUUAGAUUUGUUGUAAAUAAUUGUGCUAUGGGUGAAGGGUUAAAACUAUAUUUAAAUAUAGAAACGCAGAACAAAAUCAUACAUAGGUCAUUUUUAGGUCAUUCCUUUUGGUUAAUUAUUGGCCAUUAGAAUACUAAAUCCUAAAAUCAAGAUUUGGGCUGCAUUUCUGGACGUAAAUGCAUUCUUGUUUUGAUCAUAUCCCAUGAGUGAAGUAUAACAAAGAUGUUUGAAAAACAAAUUAAGAUUUUCAUGGUGCCCCACGUAUUAAAAUUAUAUUAACGGCUUAAUUCCCUUAAUUAAUAUCAAAAGUACCAAAUUUAAUUUCACAAUUACAAUACAUAAAUUUUAUCAAAAUGUGAAGACAAUUAAAAUUUAGUUAAAAUUGACGAAUGAUUUAACAACCAACCCAUGCUUGUUUAUAUCAAUAUAAUUAUGAUUAUGUUUGCCCGUAUCAAAUGGAAAAUGCUUGAUUGGUCGUAAUACUUUACUAUUCUGUUUUAAUAUAAUUUUAAUAUCGAAAAUCUUUUUUUAAAAACUUAAAUCGAAAUGACCGAUGAAUUAAUUUGGUACACAAUGCCCAAAUUCACAUCACCUUCAAAUCAUGGACGCCACCGAUUCCUCUCCGUGCUCGAAUCCGCAGCCCACUCACAAAUUCAAGCCCCAGUUUCUGAAUUUCCAAAAAAAUUUAACCUUUCCUCACUCCCUGAAUGCAAAAAUAUCUCCCAAUUGAGAAAACUUCACUGCGAGCUGAUUGUUAACGGUUUGAUCUCAGAGCUUUCCACUGCUAACAAAAUACUUCACUCAUACACACUCCACAAUGAUUUGGAGAGUGCGUAUGCAUUGUUUUGUGAUGUUACUGUAAAAAAUUCUUACUUUUGGAGUGUUAUGAUUGGUGGGUUUGCCAGAGCUGGUGACUUUUUCAGCUGUUGCAGAGUUUUUAGGGAUUAUGUGAGGUCUGGUGAUUUGACUGAUUAUUACACUUUACCGGUGGUUAUAAAGAUUUGUAGGAAUUCUAUGGAUUUGGGAAUGGGGAGAUUGUUGCAUUGUUUUGUGUACAAGUGUGGAUUUUGUUGUUAUACUUUUGUGGCUGCGGCGCUAGUGGAUAUGUAUGCGAAGUGCAAGGUGAUUGGGGAUGCAGGGAAGGUGUUCGAUGAAAUGCCUGAGAGAGACCUUGUUAGUUGGACUGUGAUGAUUGGGGCUUGUACUGAAUGUGGGAAUCCGGAGGAGGGGUUGGAGUUGUUUGAUCGGAUGCGAGAGGGUGGAGUUGUGCCGGAUAAGAUUGUGAUGGUUAAUGUUGUCAAUGCUUGUGCGAAGCUGGGGUCGAUUCAUAAGGCGAGGGUUGUGGAUGAUUACGUGAAGGUGAUGGGGUUUUUGUUGGAUGUGAUUCUUGGUACUGCUUUGAUUGAUAUGUAUGCGAAAUGUGGGAGCUUGGAGUUGGCGAGGGAGAAGUUUGAUGGGAUGAGGGAGAGGAAUGUUGUGUCGUGGAGCACGAUGAUUGCAGCGUAUGGUUACCAUGGGGAAGGCCGGGAAGCUCUUGAUUUGUUUGGCAUGAUGUUGGGAAAUGGAGUGUUGCCUAAUAACAUCACGUUCGUUUCCCUCUUGCACGCUUGUAGUCACUCUGGUUUGGUUGACGAGGUGAGGCCGGAUGUGAAGCAUUUCACUUGCGUUGUUGAUCUAUUUGGUCGUUCUGGAAAACUCGAACGUGCCUUGAGUUUGAUUGAAGAUAUGAAUAUUGAAAAAGACGCGGGGCUCUGGGCUGCGUUGAUUGGUGCUUGUAGGAUACAUGGUGAUGUAGAACUGGCGGAUAAGGCUGCAAUGUCCCUCCUCGAAUUACAACCCCAGAAUGCAGGGCAUUAUGUACUACUUUCCAACAUUUAUGCCAAAGCUGGUCGAUGGAAAGAAGUGGCCAAGGUUAGGGAACUAAUGACUCGUCAAAGAAUAAAGAAAAUUCCGGGUUGGACUUGGAUUGAAGUGGAUAACAAGAUUCAUAAGUUUGGUGUUGGAGACCAUACACAUGUUCAGUCGAGAGAGAUAUACGAGCAACUAAAGCAAUUGCGUGAGAAACUGGAGCUGGCUGGCUAUGUUCCAGAUACGAAUUUCGUGCUACACGACAUUGAUGAUGAACUGAAGUUAGAUAUCUUGCAUACACACAGUGAGAAGCUGGCAAUUGCGUUCGGACUAACUCCCAUUAGAAUUACGAAAAAUCUUAGAGUUUGUGGUGACUGUCACACGUUCAUCAAAUUUGUAUCUCUGAUCAUGAAAAGGUUACUUGUUGUUCGUGAUGCAAAUCGCUUUCACCAUUUCAAGGACGGAGCUUGUUCUUGCAGUGAUUACUGGUGAACGUUUUGCUAUUGUCUGGUAUGCUAAAAGCUAUCCUUUCCUUUAUCCUUCGUGCUUUGUUUCUUCUCCUUUAUGCAACUGUUUUAGUAUCUCGGAACUCAGUUGAUGAUUAUUCCAAAAUGUGUUAUUCAUAGUCUAA